CAGGCGUAGUGCGGUGCCGGCGGCUCCGGCUCCUAAGCUAAAGGCGGGCAGCUUGUGAGGAACGGUUGUGCUCCUCAGGUGCUGACGGGCCGCGGCGGCGGACCCGGGCCUCCGACGGCAGCACGGAGGCGCAGGCUGUGUCCGAGGGCUCGGGGCCGGGCGCCGCUAGCCCCGGGACGGCCCCUCCGGUGACGGUGCUGGUGAUGAGGCAGGACAAGGCCGCGGCGGACGGCGCUCUGAGGCCGGGCCCCGCGGCGUGCGAGCCGGCGGCGGACCCCGAGGAUGAAACCGGGGACGACGAUGCCGACCUGCUGGACACGUCGGACCCCGCGGGCGGCGGCGAGAGUGCGGCCAGCCCCGAGGAGCUGGAGGACGAAGGUGCCGAGGGCGGCAGCGGGGAGCGCGGCCCGGACGCCAAGACCUGCACCUACGAGGGCUGCCGCGAGACCACCAGCCAGGUGGCCAAGCAGCGCAAGCCCUGGAUGUGCAAGAAGCACCGCAACAAGAUGUACAAGGACAAGUACAAGAAGAAGAAGAGUGACCAGGCCCUGAGCUCGGGCGGCGCCCCGGCGGCCAGCGCAAGCAACGUCAAACUGGAGGAAAGCACAGACAACAUACUCUCCAUUGUCAAACAACGAACAGGAUCUUUUGGGGAUCGCCCUGCAAGGCCUACUCUUUUAGAGCAAGUGUUAAAUCAGAAAAGACUGUCAUUGCUAAGAAGUCCAGAAGUUGUCCAGUUUUUACAGAAGCAGCAGCAGCUACUGAAUCAACAAGUUUUGGAGCAAAGACAGCAGCAGUUUCCAGGAGGACCAGUGUGAGGACUUACAGACUGCUGCACUUUACUUUACUGUGAUGGGUGGACAUGUCUUAUACUAAAGGCGAUGUCCUGAUAAUCAGGCAUGCUGGUGCACACCUGGUGGAAUCCCUGCACAUGGAAGACCGAGCCAAGAGGAUCCCAAGUUCAACGCCAACCUGCCCUACAUAGCAAGUUCCUUUCUCAAAAAUGAGACAGAGAAAAUCUGGUAGAGAAAAAACUUUCCCAUAAAUAUGCGUGUGCAUCUAAGGAUAAAUAAGUAUUGCAUUUUUGCAUUUAAUCCUUUCAAAUUACUAUGAGUUUGAAAAAAUACCACCUUUACAAUUUUUACUGUUUUUCUUCAGUCGUGCUUACUUAAGCUAAUGAGGCAGUUACUUUCUGUGGAAGUCAUAAAGUUAGUAGUAAUCUCAAAUCAUCUAGCACCAUCAUUCUCAUCAGGACACAUCUGGAAAGGAAUGGUGUGUUUUGGGUUGUCAUAGUGACUUUGAACAUAGCUAGACUGUGGUGAGGGGCCAAGAAUCUUAACGUUCUGUGGUAUUCCACCAGCUGAAUGUCACCCUGCCAUUAAUGUGCCUCAGCUGUGCUGAUAACCUGAGGUUAACACAAAGUCAGGUCCUUGUAGUAAUUUUUCUUUAUAGUUAAGCUGGAGCUGUGAAAGCUAAGCAUGUUUAUACCUGUGAAGAAAGUGGUCACUGAUCUCUUCAUGUCAACUAGAGAGAUGCAUUAAAGAUGGUGCCCCAUUGUCACUGUCACCUUUAAAUCAGGUCAUCUCCCCAGCUGAAUUUGUGAAUAGUUUGCAUAUAUUCAGCCCACUGAGGUCUUUCUUAAUGUUCUUCAUAAAGGAGAUCCUGAAGAUAGAGUGACACUCAGCAUUUUGUCAGAGUGUUUCAAAAUGGAACACUUAUUCCUAGGUACUGUUAAAAGGGUAAUGGAUUUAUCUGGGUACUCUUUUGUACUUUCUCCUAGGAAAACUUUAGAAAGGCAAAAAUACUAUAAGAUGCUGAAUCCCACGUCAGGAGAGUAUAUCCAGGAGUAACUUAAUAAAUUGUCAUGGCAACCUCUGCAGAAACGUGUCGGUGGGUUGAUUCCUAAGCCAUGAAAUGUAUAUGAUGUUAGAAGUACUCACAGGGCUGUGAUGCAGUUUAGCCUUAGAGCACCUGCGUAGCAUGUGCAAGGUCCUCAGCUCACUUCCCAGCCUCACCACCAUGACAAAA